AUGAGUGUGGCAGUGGCAGCGGGCAUGGGUGAAUCUUGCCCACUGCAACAGGAGAAGGAUGACAAGGAGCUGGAGGAAUGGAGGCAAGAAGUGAGGGCCAAAGUAACGGCACUCAAAUGCCAUGUUAUGGCUUCCAGGGGCCUUACCCCCGAAGGUAAUAUUGUUCCCCCUUAUUCGCCAAGAAUCCUCCUUGAAGCUCCUCCAAAUGCUCGCCUUCUCCACGAUGCUGACAAUCUUGAUCUUAAUGCUUACACAGAGUCUCUUCAGAAUGGAUCAAAAGGCAGCUUCACCAAAGAUGAAAUAGAAUACAACACUGAGGAAGAGGAAGUCUUACCUCAAGAACCUUUAUCACUGGAUGAUGUCCAUGUAAGGUUAAAGGAAAUUAGAGUCAGUAGCAGCGAUGUCCCCCUCCACAUCUUCACCCACAACCCUCUCACCUUCCAAACAAUCUUCCAAUCUUCACCCAAUGUGAGUGAUGUAAAUAGUCUGGCUGAGGACAACCAUUCUCAAGUAAAUGGUGUUGCAGCCUCCAAAGUGGUGGAUGUAGAGGAAGAACUUGGCAAAGUAAAAGGUGAACUGAAACAUAAAGCUGAAGAAGUGGAGAGAUUAUCCAGGAUUAGAGAUGAAGUUGAGAAUGAACUGCAGGAACUCACUGCCAAUCUUUUCCAGGAAGCUCACAGCAUGGUGCACAAUGCCAACCAAAGAGCAGCAAGUGCUGAAAGGUCCCUUCGUGAGGCCAUGAUGCAAGUAGAGGUGCUACAGGCGGAGGUCACAGCUCUUAAAGCACUGGUAAUCACAAGUACCCCGGCAGCUCCUAACCCUCACUUGCAUCCCCAGCUCAUCAGCAAAAGUAUUACUGAAACAGGUUAG